AUGGCCUGUUUCGAAAAAGAAGAGGGGGACGGAGCCGUGGAGGGGCUCCACCCGCUCGACCACCCUCAGGCCAUCGGCGUCGGCUCGCCGGCUAUCGAAGGCUUCACGACGAAGGCGCCGUCCGUCUGGAGGUGGACACUUGAUGAAGCAGCUCAUCAAAUUGAUGAUGAGCAAAUUUCCAAAGUUCAGGCUGGUCUUGGGUUCUACACAUUUCUCGAGACAACUCUUGUUACCCUGUUGCUGUUGUCCAAUUUUAUUACUUUGUUUAGUGAUGAGGAGGUACCUGGAACACCUGGAACACUUGCGACUACUUUUCUCACAUUUGUGUUGAACUUGGCUUUUGCAUUAAGUGUUCUUGGUUUUCUGAUAAUGCAUAUUUCAUUGGUGGCUGGUAACACAACAACUAUUGAGGCAUAUGAGAAGAAAACAACUCCAAAGUGGAAGUACAAUCUGGGCCGAAAAAAGAACUUUGAGCAGGUAUUUGGAGCUGACAGGAGAUACUGGUUCAUCCCUGCAUAUUCAGAAGAGGAUUUGAAAAAGACACCAGCACUUCAGGGUCUUGACUAUCCAACCAAGGCUGAUUUCAGUGCACAGGAGUUCUAACAGGAUCAUAUUAGGAUUACAGUUACCUCAUCUGUGACGUAUCCUUUUGGGCAACUAGCAGCUUUCUGCAUCCUAUCAAUAUCAUUGUCGUGGUGGUCCGAAAGCUUCAAUACAGUAGUUACCUCUAAGAUCAGGCCAGCAUUAGUGGUUGGAACAGAGCAAGAUAGGUAAUGGAAUGGAGAAUCUUUCAAGGUUGUCAGAUUUCAUUUUUAUCUGUACUAUUAAUGUGGAAGUUAGGUCAAUCGCAGUUGGCAGAGGUACACGUUCUAUGGUCCUUGUUAUGUUUUCCUUCCAUGUAUCUGAUAUGUAGAACAGGCUUUAAACAUGUUACAUUUACAGUUCAUGAGCAGUGCAGUAAAUCAUAUAUCAAGAUUAAAUUUACUGAGAUGCUGGAAAAUA